GGCAUCUGUGGACAGUGGACAUGUCCUGCAAAGCUCCUUGAAGGGUUGAUAGAAAUAGCUUCGGUCUUGGCCUGCAAAGCUUCGCAUCCUUUCGAAAGAUCUUCUUCCCACCCUACUACGAGUAUAGUGGUUUCUUGGGGGACAUUUGCAACUCAGAUCAUAGGUCCAAAAGUUCUUCCAUAACCUGCAGUAGCCAUGCAAUUCACAUCCUCCCUCACCCUUUUGUCCUUGUGGGCCGCCUGCGCUUCGGCACACUUCAUUCUACAGUAUCCUCGCUCGCUGGGCUUUGACGACGAUACCGAAGGCACGGGACCGUGUGGUGGCUUUGAUGUUUCCUUCAACUCAUCUGACGAUAGUGUCCCUGUUGAUGGCUUCCCAGUCUCGAUGUUGAGCACUCAUCCUGCCGCGGACUGGCUCUUCCGUGUCACCCUUGACCAAAAAGCUCCAUUCAACUGGACCAACCUCCUACCGGUCGUCUCAGAGACCGGUCUGGGACAAUUCUGUCUGCCCAACCUCAAAGCGCCCUCUGAUUUCGCGGGCAAAAGUGGUGUCGUCCAGGUGAUUCAGCAUGGUCCCGAUGGAAUUCUUUACCAGUGCGCUCCAGUCAGCUUUGUUACUGGUGUCAACACCACUGUCGGCUCAAGUUGUACCAACGUUACAGGUUUGACGGCAACGGUAACGAAUGAUACCAAUUUUGAUACCAGUUCCUCGUCUGGUUCGGCAACGUCAAGCAUGGCCAGCAGCACCGGCUCAGCAUCGAGCACAGUGUCUGGUGCAGGCGCAUCUGCAAGCUCAUCUGGACUAGCCGCCGCCACGAACGCUCCAGUGCUGGUACAAAACCUCCUCAUAGCCGCUGGAAUUGCAGCACCGCUACUAAUUUAGCGAGAUGGCUCUUCGAAUGGCCAAAGGGCGGCAAGGUCCGUAGAGGAGAGGAGAACUUGUGUCAAGAGGAGGAGCAGAGAGCAUACCAGUCUUCGGAGGGCGCGAAACACAACACCAAGAACAGCGCAGAACACCAUGAGAACCAGUAGGGUUCUCUUCUUAAUGUGUUUAGGUAGACAUGAAAAAGACUGACCUGGCCCAUGUAUUGCAUGUUGUCUGCCUCGCCAUUUUGUUUUGUAGCACGCACGCGUAUGCAAUUCUCAAGAAAGAAGUUGUGCAGGACACCUGGUGAACUGAUUA